UGAAAGCAAACUCACGUGUAGUUUAAAACUCGUGUUUACUUGACAUUCAUUGCACUGAAUUGGACUCAAUUUGGACUCAAUUUGAUUGCUAUUAAUAUUGAUUUGGAUUAUGAGUUCAGACGUGAGCCACAAGAAGAGGAAGCGCUUCAAGAGAGGCAAACAAAGGAAGUCCAAAGAAGAGUCGACUGAUGGCAGAAGAGAUGGUCACAAAUCAUAUUCAGAUAUCGUUAAAGACAACAAAGACUAUGAAUUGUAUUAUAAAACACAAGACAUUAUCGAUGAGAGUGAGUGGCAAACGUUUAUGUCAUGUCUUCGCGAACCACUUCCCUCUGCCUUUCGACUCACGUCUUACUGCAAGAGUCAGACGAUUGCGUUGAGGAAUAUCAUCGAAAGCGAUGAGUUUAACGGUUCCGUGGGUGACAAGAGUGACACCACGAAUGGUCUGACGUGCAUCGACUGGUACCCCAACCGGUUCGCCUGGAAUAUCAAUAUAUCGAGGGUUGAGAUCAGAAAAUCCCAAUCCUUUCGGAUUCUCCAGAAUUUCUUAAUUUCGGAAACCGAUUCGGGAUAUAUCAGUAGACAAGAAGCCGUUUCAAUGAUUCCGGCGCUGCUGAUGGACAUAAAACCUGGACACCGAGUGCUGGACAUGUGUGCGGCUCCGGGAUCUAAAACGGCACAAAUCAUUGAAAUGCUUCACUCAGAAGACGGCAGUUCCGAUGGGGCGGUUGUGGCCAAUGAUGUGGACAACAAGAGGUGUUAU